AUGCCUCAUCCUGAUACGCAACCACAGUCAAGUAAUAUGGGAAUCGCAACAUAUUUGUUCGGUCGUCUAAAGCAACUUGGAGUCAAACAUGUCUUCGGUCAACCAGGAGAUUUUAACAUGGGAAUUAUUGAUGUUAUUGAGGACGAGGAAGGGAUUGAAUGGAUCGGUUGUUGUAAUGAAAUGAAUGCCGGAUAUGCAGCUGAUGGAUACGCAAGGGUGAAUAAGAUGGGCGUUCUUGUGACAACAUUCGGAGUAGGUGAACUCUCGGCCAUGAACGCAAUCGCAGGUUCAUUCUCUGAAAUGAUUCCGGUGGUGCACAUUGUCGGCACGCCGUCCACAGAAUUCCAGUCUCAGGGAGCGAUGUUGCAUCAUACGCUUGGAAAUGGAGACUAUAAAACAUAUUACAAGAUGUAUGAAAACAUCACUGUUGCUCAAACAGUGCUCACUCAUCAUAACGCUAAAGAUGAAAUUGAUCGAGUUUUAAAGGAAUGUUACAUUCGUUCUCGACCCGUUUAUAUCUCGAUUCCUGCAGACAUUUGUGUGAAAGAGACCUUCGCUGACCUCACCCAGCCUCUGGACUUUACCAUUCCUGAGAAUGUGCAUGAAGUAGAAUAUGCAGCAAUCAAUAAGGUCGUUCAUCAUAUUCAUAGAUCAGCUAAUGUCAUUGUCCUCAUCGAUGCAUGCGCAUCACGGCACAAUGUUGUAAAGGAAAUAUUGGAUUUUAUCGAGAAGACAGGGUUUCCGUUCUUUACUUCACCAAUGGGUAAAGGUAUCAUUUCAGAAGACCAUCCUCUCUUUGGCGGAAUUUACAUAGGAUCAGUAAGUGAGCCGCACGUAAAGAACGAAGUUGAAAAGGCAGACCUAAUUAUUUCAGUUGGGGCCAUUAGAUCCGAUUUCAACACAGGUGGAUUCACGUACCAUGUAUCGCCAGCAAAGACGAUCGAACUAAGUAAUAAUUAUAUCAAAGUUUUUUUUGCUACCUAUGGAGGAGUGUCGAUGAAACAUGCACUACCAAAAAUCACAGCAUGUCUCGAGUCUAUGCCUGGCCCUCAAAUUUCACCUCCCUAUCAGCAUAAGAUACUCGAGGACGACGUUAAAGAUGAACGCAUCACCCAGAAUUGGUUUUGGCAUGAGGUAUCUUCGAAAAUAUUACGAAAAAACGAUAUAGUCGUCGGCGAAAUGGGUACUUCUAUAUUCGGAUUAAUGGAUAUCAAGUUUCCUUCGGGUGUUGCCUUCAUUGGUCAAAUUUUAUAUGGAAGCAUUGGUUAUAGCGUUGGUGCUUGUUUGGGUGCCUCACUAGCCGCGACCAAUUUCAAAGAGAAGCGAAGAGUGUGUUUAUUUGUUGGAGACGGUUCAUUUCAAGUGACAGCUCAAGAAAUGUCUACUAUAAUUCGUCAUGAUCUUAAACCCGUAAUCUUCUUUAUUAACAACAAUGGGUUCACCAUCGAACGAAUGCUUCAUGGAAUGGACCGUAAAUACAAUGACAUAUCGCAAUGGAAAUUUGAUAAAACAUUAGAGUAUUUUGGCGGCUCUGAUAAAGUGUGUCGCACUAUCAAACUUUCCACCAAAUCGGAGUUUGAAUCUUUUGCCUCUUCUCAACUUCCCGAGAUACCAUCUCAAAUUUUAUUUGUAGAAGUGAUGAUGGAUAAAUAUGAUGCACCCAGAGCAUUGGUGGGAACUGCUUGCAAUACAGCUGAAAAGCACAUGAAAGAAAAGGUAUUGCCAAAACUACACGAGGAGCUACAUAGAAAAACUGUUGCUGGCGAGAAAUACUAA